CCAACAACAGCCUUGACAGCAGGGAGCGCCUCACAUGUGUGUUUACAGUUGCGUUGUCAUUGCAUUAUCAGGAGCGAUUUUGGAGUGAGUGUGAAGUCGGUGUUGUUGUUGGAAUAAGACGUUUUGUCCUGUUUAAACAUGAAGAUUGCUGUGCUUGGCGCGACGGGUCAAACUGGGCAGCAGCUGGUAAAUCAAGCUCUUCAGCAAGGACACACUGUCACAGCUAUUGUCAGGAACCCUGCAAAACUCACUGUAACACAUGAGUGCCUCAAGGUGGUUGAAGGAGACAUUUUCUCAGAAGAUAGCCUGAAACCGCACUUCAAAGGUCAGGAUGCUGUGAUGUCCUGUCUUGGCUUUCCGAUCUCAUUUUUUUAUGGAGUCACUGGCUAUACCCAGUCUAUGACGGCAGCAAUAAAUGCAAUGCGUGAUGUCAAAGUUAAUCGAAUCAUCACCAUGACAUCAUGGUACACUGACCCUAAUUCAGGCACCAAUUCUUCCGUUUUUAUCCGCUUCAUGUUGCUUCCGAUGAUCAGAAGUGUUCUAAACAACAUGUAUGAAAUGGAAAAUGUUCUUAAGCAGACUGAGGACAUCAACUGGACUGUUGUCAGGCCCCCUGGUCUCAAGAAUACACAAACAACAGCCAAUGAGUUCCUAACUCACGAAGGUUAUUAUGUCCCGGAUGAAAAUGGUCUUCCAAUUGGCCAGUCUGUGUCAAGAGGAGAUGUGGCUCGUUUCAUGCUCUCUCUUCUAAACAACAAUGCUUGGAUGAAGAAAGCUGUCGCUAUCAUCACCAAAUGAAUUUGCACUACACUAUAUUAUUACAUUUAUAACACUUCCCAAAGAGCUCCCAUUUGUUUAAUGGGUAAAACCUGUGCAUUUUAUACUUGUUCAGCUGCUCUGUCUUUGUGUCACAAAUAACUGCUAAAAGUCAAAGAGUUUAAGACUAGCUAAUAAUAUACUCUUUGUUUUUCCUAGAUAAUAAAAAUUUGUCUUUUUUAUCACUUAAUUGCAGAAUGAAGUGUACAUACGAAUAUACCAUGCAUUUAACAAACAGGAAUAAGUAUUCUGCUGUAUUUUAUAAUGAUCACAUAUAGCUAAUCAGAUAAAUAAAAGUGAAUGGAGCCUGUACACAGAAAAUAGAACAUUUUGCUCUUGUCUACACACAAGUUUACACUGUUGAUGUGAAAAAUGUGAAAUUCUACAAAAUUACAGGCCAAAUAAAGUGUCUACAGAAUAUUUA